AUGUCCCAAUCUCAAACAUUUCUCACCCUGGCCAACGUACUUGGGAAAACUGCCUCAGCCGCGCUCAUAAUCCCUACUUCGGAGGCAUUGGGGCAACUCAAAUGGCACUGGUUCCAUGAUUCCAAAGAGAUAUGGGAUUUCGAAAUCUUCGACAAAGCAUCACGAGGCGCAUGGGGCGCUGCACUGCUGUUAUUUAGAACCAAAGGCCGCUCCCUAGCUGCGCUGGGAGCUCUGUUAAUCGUACUUCUUCUUGCGAUUGAUACGUUUUUUCAACAGGUGACCACCCUUCCAGAUAGGUGGACGCUGCAUAAAUUACCCGGCGAAAUUCCUUACGUCGUUCGCUAUGAACCCCUCUAUCAGAAAGAAACCCAAGGAGGAUUCGAAGCAAGCAUCAUAAACACAGAACUACAGCCGAUUGUCCAGGAUUUUCUGUACAAGAACGGCACUAAGCCAGUCCGAUUUGGCAACGGCAACCGUCCGGAGAUUCCCCUUUCAUGCCCGACAAGCAAUUGUACGUGGCCAGAAUAUGAUACACUUGCUGUCUGUGGCACUUGCAAAGAAGUCAGCGAUCUUUUAAACAUUACAUUUGCCUGUUUGAAUACUACAAUAGAUUGGAGCACUGCGUGGGAAGGACCGCUUUCUAAAGUACCCUAUCCCAAGGGCCAGGUAUGCGGACAUUUCUUGAACAUCACGGCAGAACAACCUAUACUUCUCUCUGGUUAUUCCAUCAAAGACGGCAAACCAAGAGGAGAAGAAGACGAGGCUUUGCUGUUCAGAACAUAUCCACUCACAGCCUUUUUGACCAAAAAGCGAUUAUACGGCGUCGGCUCGGUAGCAUUUAAAAACAUACGCAACCCAAUCCUCCACGCCUUGGUUGCCUCCGCAGUCGACGGGCCAGAAAGUGUCUAUCAGAACAAAACACCCAUCGUCCAUGAGUGCUUUCUCUCAUGGUGUGUCAACACUAUCAAAUCGUCGUAUGGUUUGGGUGAAUACAACGAAGAGGUCAUAUCAUCACAGUACAAUCAUACCAUGGGCCCAAGUCCUUGGGAUUCAUGGGAGAUUCCGGAAGACCAAGGAGGGGGUACCUUCAUCGUAUACAAGGAGGAAAUCACCAUCACACCUGCUGAAACAGCCAUCGGAAAUCCAAUGCAUACAAAUCGCUCUAUCAUAUAUGGUGUCAACAACGUCACAGCCGCUCAUUUCAUGAGCAUAUUUGAUGACUUCUUCCCUUCUUCGUAUAGCAUCAACAAAACCGAAUCAACGAUACCGAGGUUGCGAUACAAGGAUUAUAUGAACGGCCCAUGUCAGCGAUUCCUUCCAUUAAGUCCUUGGCUGGCGCCGAGCAAUGUCACGCGACACAUCGAAAGGCUAGCGACCGCAAUGACAGAUCGAGUCAGAUCAAGUAGCAGCAACCAGAUGCUUUUAGGGGAAGCAUCGUACACGGAGAAGUUUGUCUCGGUACAAUGGGAAUGGCUCAUUUUCCCGCUGUUGCUUUUGCUCCUAACUCUGAUCUUCUUGGUAUUGACGAUAAUCAAGACAUCCAAGGACACUCUGCCGAAAGAGGCUCAAACCGGAUUGGAUCCUUCCUCUACAUGGAGCAGCGCGGAUCCAAAGAGCAAAAAGGUGCGCAUCAAGCUCAUGCCAAACAUGGGGUGGCGAGUAUCUGGGCAGGGCCAAGCUAGGCCGACGCCUCCUCCAGGCUGGUUGUAA